GGAGAGAGAGAGAGAGAGAGAGCAGAGGGGGGAACACCGUCAAUCAGAAGCUCCGCCCCCCCGGGACGCACCGGAGCAGCAGUGAGGACUGAGCCGGUAACGGAGCCAAACGCUCCUCCUGCAGCUCCAAAACUUUACCUCACAUUGUUCUUUGUUCUCCUCUCUGGUCCCGCUCAGCUCAGCUCGGCUCGGUUCGGUUCGGUUCGGUUCAGUUCGGUCUGCAGCGGCAGAUGGAAGAAAGCGAACCCCGGAAAGUUUGAGUCCGGGGGCAGAGAUCCCGGAGACCCGGUCCUGAACUUCCAGACGGAGAGUAGCGGGAAGGUCGGGACGCAUCGCGGGGCUCCGGGGUGCAGCUCCGGGUCCAGCUCCGGGUCCAGCUCCGGGUCCAGCUCGGUGGUCUGAGCUCGUCCAGACUCUGAAGCGGUUACAUAAGAGACACAAAGAGGACUAACAGAUCCUGAAUGAGGGUCUGAUCCGGACUCUGCUCUGCGCGUAAAUGUUGGGCUGAGUUCAGGACGCACAUGGACGGACUGGUUCCCGGUCUGCACACGGUCCUGCUGCGGGUCUGAUCCGGUUCUGAUUGAGUGAAAAUGAAACUUUUGGACUGCUGGUCCUCCCGGACGCGGAUCUGGACGAAUUCCCCGGUUUUCCAGGACGAACCGUCUCCGUGAAGGUUUCCCUCCUCACUCACAAUAACAUGGAUUAAUGUCGCUCUGCCUGCUGGGAAAUUAUCAGUUAAACGCGAGAGAGCGGGAGAAUGAAGCUGAUAAUCGAUGAGUAUUGAGUAUUGAUCCGGAUCCGCAGAGAUUAAAUCCACAUUCCUCCACGCGCUCACAACACAAGAGACGCGGAUGUUCGCGGGGACGCAGCGCGCCGCUCCGCCGCACAUGGAGCUCUCCGGGCGGCCGCUGCUGCUGCUCGGCCUCCUGCUCCGGCUCUGCUCCGCAGUCACCGACGACCGACUCAUCUCAGACCGGUACGCGGUCUACUGGAACAGCUCCAACCCCAGGUUCUUUCGAGGCGAGUACACGGUGGAGGUGGCGAUCAACGACUACCUGGACAUCUACUGUCCGCACUACGAGGUGGCGGAGUCCGCCGAGCGCAUGGAGCACUACGUGUUGUACAUGGUGACCUACGACGGCUACACAACCUGCGACCACCACAGGAAGGGCUUCAAACGCUGGGAGUGCAACCGGCCGCAGAGCCCCAACGGACCACUCAAGUUCUCCGAGAAGUUCCAGCUCUUCACUCCUUUCAGCCUGGGCUUCGAGUUCAGACCCGGACACGAGUACUACUACAUCUCGUCUCCACAUCCAAACCUGGCUGGGAAACCGUGUCUGAAGCUGAAGAUCUACGUCAAACCAACCAAUGACUCAGUGUACGAGUCGCCGGAGCCUUUCCUGACAGACGACACUACCGGUGGCUGCAGCCUCGCUCUGCCCCGCCUCUCCCUGCUGUCCGCCAUGUUGCUCGCCCUCUUCCUCAUCCUCCUCUUCGCCUCCUCAUAGCACCUCCUCCUCCUGCUGCUGCUCCUCCUCUUCUCCUGUUCUUCUUCCGGUGGGGCCGAGCUCCGUCCUCCUCCCGUCGACCGGCCCGAGGCAGGAAACAAAUCCAGCUCCCUCUCUCUGACCUCUGAACGACACUCAGCCAAUCAGAGGAGGCUGAGGUCAGCGGUGGGAGGAGCCUGCUGGUUGGAGGUUCGCUGGGACUCCAUUGACUCCCACGUUAGACUGAUACAUCAAAUAAUCACCUGCAUUAUUCAUAUUUAAACAUUAAUAUAAAAUCCAUCUCAUGCAGAUUUGAAUUCUGCUGCCAAAAUAAUGAAAUAAAAAACUACAAAUACAUUUUCUACAAAAGCCUUUUUUAAAACUGGAAGAAAUAAACCAAACUUAAAGGACCAUUUCAGCAAUUUAACGUUGACGCUACAAAUCAGCAGAGACCCCAAAGUAACAGUUAUUAAUGAUUAUUAAUAGUUAUUAAUUGUUGUUAAUAGUUAUUCAUUGUUAUUAAUUAUUAAUAGUUAUUCAUUGUUAUUAUUUGGUGCACACACGAUAAAGAUCUACUCUGAUCAUAUGUGAACAAAAUAUAAAAUAAGUUCUGUAGUGAUGAAACCUGAAGUUAACUUCCUGGUUCCUUCCACAAAAAGCCAAUGAGAUUGCGCCAUUGACAACCUUCACUUUAUGAUUUCUUCUAUCUUUAAAGCUACGAGCUAACGUAGCUUUAAAGAUAAGUUAGAAUAGUUUGAGAGAGCAUAAACACAACAAGGCUUUAAAGACGGACAAGCGAGCAGAUCCGUCUCUGUUUUAAUGUCACUACAACCUUUGUAGUCUCCUUUAGACACGUAGAAGCUUCGACAUUGACAGGUGGAGUUUACUGACGGGUUUAUGACGUAGAAGAAAACGUGAAAAUAUCGUAAGCUUGUGUGAACCACAGACCGUAUUUCAGACAUCUAACCAAAAACCCUUUGACUUUGUUGCAAACUGCAAACUCGGUUCAGGGUUUUAGGACAACAAUAAAGAUAGAGUUAAUGUUGUCUGUGAUUAUACAACAAAAGCACGUUUCAACAGUCUCCUUGUUCAGUUAAGUUCAUUAACUCAAUGGCUGCCUGUACUUCCAAUAUCUGGCUCAAUAUAUUGCAAAGAGGUUAUUCUCUUAUUCACGACAUUAAUCACUUGAAUGAUCUAAAAUCUACAAUAGCUUUUGUGACUUUUUAGAGGUUUUAGAAAUAAACAUAAUUUAGAGUUAAGCAGCUAAAACUUACAAACUCACUGAUUUGGUCUUUUUGUGCGAGAUCUCAGACUUAAUAUCAAAUCAAUAAAAACUCAAUAAACGAUCAUUUAAAUCAGGAAAUAUCUGAAAAGUAUCAGACCAAUCGAUCAGGUAAAGACAUUGUUUCCGCUCACUCAAACAUCCUUCCAGGUUCUGAGUGAAGGGUUGAAUAUUGAUCCCAGAGGAGUCAGUGGAGUCCGGCUGCAGUCUGAACUCAUCGGGCUGAUUGUGAUCUGGACUCCAUCAGGAUCCGGUCUGAGGGAAGACCAGCAGAAACAGACUCUCUGUUUGUCCUGGAAACAUCUCACCUUCACCUCCAGACCUCCUGAUGGUUACACUCACAGAACUGAACUCUGAUUGGUUCAGAGAGAUCCAGGAUCCAUAUCUGAGCAGAUUGUCUCAUAUUUUUAUUACAUAUAUUAUUUUUGUGUAAUUUUGACUAAAGCAACUUUAGGAUUAUUUUCAUUAUCAAUCAAUAUAUCCAUUGAUUAUAGACUAUUAAUCAAUUUGCCAACAGCUGUACAAAAUAAGUGAAGUGAUUCUUUUAAACAGUUUAUUCAAACACUGAGAUUCUUUUCAUUUUUUAACUGUAAAUGUAGAAGAUACUAAAUAUUAUUACUCAAAGUACUCUGAGGUCUGUGGCUACCAACGCUAACACUGGUGGGAGGAGCUAACGUAGCUUUAAACACUGGUGGGAGGAGCUAACGUAGCUUUAAACACUGGUGGGAGGAGCUAACAUAGCUUUACACACUGGUGGGAGGAGCUAACAUAGUUUUAAACACUGGUGGGAGGAGCUAACGUAGCUUUAAACACUGGUGGGAGGAGCUAAUGUAGCUUUAAACACUGGUGGGAGGAGCUAACGUAGCUUUAAACACUGGUGGGAGGAGCUAACAUAGCUUUACACACUGGUGGGAGGAGCUAAUGUAGCUUUAAACACUGGUGGGAGGAGCUAACAUAGCUUUACACACUGGUGGGAGGAGCUAAUGUAGCUUUAAACACUGGUGGGAGGAGCUAACAUAGCUUUACACAUUGGUGGGAGGAGCUAACGUAGCUUUAAACACUGGUGGGAGGAGCUAAUGUAGCUUUAAACACUGGUGGGAGGAGCUAACGUAGCUUUAAACACUGGUGGGAGGAGCUACCGUAGCUUUAAACACUGGUGGGAGGAGCUAACAUAGCUUUAAACACUGGUGGGAGGAGCUAACAUAGCUUUACACACUGGUGGGAGGAGCUAAUGUAGCUUUAAACACUGGUGGGAGGAGCUAAUGUAGCUUUAAACACUGGUGGGAGGAGCUAAUUGAUUAAAGAUCAAUGAAACAUGCUGAUUGAUCAGAUAAGCUAAUGUAGCUUUAGAUCAAUGACAGACUGAGUAUCAGAACAAAGAGAGUAACUAAACUCUUGUACAGCUUCUUAAACUAAUUAAUUAUUAAUUAUUAAUUAUUAAGUUCUCUGUAAAAUCUCAGCUGUGAUUUGAAAACGACUCAAAUCCUAAUUUUAAAAUAAAACAGGAUGAAUUGUUGAUGAAGCAGAAGAUUAACUUUCUGAUAACUCAUUAACUUUGUGGCUCAUUUCUGUGACUGUAAUCAUCAUCUUCAUCUUCAUCAUCAUCUUUAAUAUAAAAAUAAACUCUCUCUCUCUCUCUCUCAUUCGUUCCCUUUGUCUCUCGCCCACCUGAAGCCCUCGUUUCUGUAAAUCUGCCAAAGACUAAACUUUUCUAUCGGUCAUACAGCAGCUACAGGAGAUCCUCUAGGCCCCGCCCACGUCUGCUACAAGAGGGCGGGGUUACGCGAAGGGGAGGAGUCACAACAUUUAUUUUCUAAAUUGUGUUUUGUUGUAAAAAUAAAAACGAAUGUUAAUGCGCAAAACAAAAUCAAUCAAAAAUGGCCUUUUUCCCUCUGGUGCUGAAUUUUAGAGACUGAUUGUUUUCUGGGGAAACAGCGACACCGUGUGGUCGAGAAGACGUUUUUUUUUUCUCUUCAUCUCUUCAUACCAUCCGUCCGUCACUGCUGACAGACGGGAGGCGUGUCCUUGUGUGUGGACGAGCAGGGGCAUGCUGGGAAAUGCAGUAUAAAAAGAAGGGCACUGUGACGAUGUAGCACUUGGACUCUUUCAGAGAGCAACGGUUGUUUUUACGUUUGUGUUUAAAAAAUGAGAGAAAUUCAUAUAAGAUAUGAAGGAAUCAGUCAGAUGUUUGUUGUUGUUGUUGUUGUUGUUGUUGUUUUUCUCCUUUAUGUUCCUGCUUGCAGCACAAUGCAUUCUGGUCCCUGUAGUCCUGUGCUUUCUGGUUCUGUUGAUGAGUUCAGUGGGUUCUUCAUCCUUUUUCUUCGUUGGUUUUCGUGUGGGUAGAAUCUGUUGUUUGUGGCGUAAGAAAAAAGCUGAAGGAAGAAAAAAGUUGUGGUUUUGUUGGCGGGAGUGAGACCUCCCUCUGUCUCGCCGUCUCUGAGAGGAAAAUGUUUUUUACAUCCGUCUGCAUAUUCUCUUCUCUGAAAGACAAAACAAUCAGUUUUUGUAUAUUUUCUUAUUGGAUGCUUAUUAUAAAGUUAAAGAAUGCAUUUAUCUGAUUGGCUGAAAAGCUAACGAGGGGUCAGAGGUCGUCGGGCCUCUUCAGGACAUUUCUUUCUGCGCUGCAUGAGCAGAAAAAAUAAAAAUACAUUUACUGGAUUUACUUUGAAGACAAAACUGAGAGAAAAUGUUACAAACUGUUUGAAUCUGUGUUUGAUAAAUUCACCAAUAAAAAAAUGUUCCACUAAAAA